AGGGCAAAAUUGAGCGCGUCAGAGAGUGUGUGGAGCGGCGGGCCGGAGAACCAGAGUGUGCGUUAGGCCAGUCCGCCGUAUGUUUGCCUCCGGCGGGAAAGGCGUGCCCGCCGGGUGAAAGGCAGCGGCUGGCCGGCACCUGGGACUCGCGGGCCCGUCUCUCGAGGCAUUUGCCAGUGCGGUGUCGUCGGGGCAACAUCUUUCGGUAAGCGAACUUUUCCCUCCCCCCUAAAUUAACGCCGCAGCGCCCAGGCGCUGCGGAAGUCCCCGACAAAUGUCCUGGAUUUCAUUUGGCUUUCCGACCCGCCGCAAAUAGCGGUGGGCACUCCCGUUUUAUAUCCAGGACAGUCCCAUCUAAAUUAUAAUUAAUCGGCGCGGCGCGUGGCGUAUAUGAGUGAGCGAUUGUAAGUGUGAUGUGUAUAGUGUGCGUGAGGAAAAUGAUCCGAGAGAAUGACACUUCGUCCCGCGAGACCCAAAAUACAAUGUAAUGGGAAUGUGAGCCAAAUCUUUGAAUUGGGUAAAGGCAGAUGCCGGGCUGAUACACGGUGAACGUGAACGAACAAUCACACGGGCCGCUUAGUUUAAUACACCCGGGUGGUAGGCGGGCAUUGUAGAGUAACUUUGAUUAACGUAAUGUCUGUACAUGGGGGGAACCAUUAAAAGGUUGCCGGUUCCGAUGCUUGAAACCCCUACAUAAAAAUGGUGCAUCGGCCGGGAAAUCUUUCCCAUCGGAGGUCAGGAUGCCCGAAGUGUUCCUUCCGCCAUAAUCUGCGGCACGCGACAAGUGUAGUAUUCCGCUCCCCGGCACCAGGGCACAUUGGUACCCGGGCGUAUUUGCCGCUUCCGGGCACGCGGCCCACUGGCCCGUGCUGGCGCAACGGAAGGCCAGCGCUACCCGGGAUAAAACGCCGAUCGGUCCUGAUAAUGCCGUGAGGGAGGCCCGGACGGAGCCCGGGUGUCGCAGAGGCGGGGUCAAAGGACAUGACGUGGGCGCCGUUCGGCCAUUUCCGCUCCCUUGGAGGUGGUUACCGGUCGAGCUGUUCUUACUUUUGGCUUCAAUAUCUUGUGUAAAUCAUUGCUUCCGUACUUUUCGUCACGUUCACACGCGUGAAUCAGUCCAAUUAAGGGGGGCAUGGGGGGACAAUUUGCCACCGCAAUAAUGAGAGAUGAGAGAUGAGGGCAGUCGGUUCGCGCGAGACCGUCGGAGAUCGGGGAUGAGAUCGACGGCGUUCGGCGGUGCGGAAGAGUUCGCUCGGGCGGAAUGGAAUCCGCUUGUACGCGAGAUGAGUGCUCGCGUCGUCGUCGGUCGCAUGCGAGCGUGCAGGUUCGCUCGUUCGGCGGAAUCAUGAGUCCGGUGACGAGCCGUCACCGCUGGUGUGAUGGCAACGUGGAGGUCGUCACCGGCAUGUCGCCCGGUCCGCCGGCCGCCGACCAGGAGCCAGCGGCGACCAAGACCUCGGCCGUACGGGCCGGGCGACGGCGGUGAUCCGUUCUCCAACUCGCCGCACCGUACGCCAGCCGCCCCGCCGCUCCCGGCGGCGACUACUGCCGCAGCAAGUCGGGGGCGGUGGGCGCGCGGCCGCCGACCCCGCCGCUCCAGCCGUCUGCCCGGCUGCCCGGAAGCCGCGGCGCCCAAGAGCCGCGGUGGUACGGGCGGCUGCGCUCGGCUGCCGACCCCGCCGCUCCAGCCGUCUGCGCGGCUGCCCGGAAGCCGCGGCACUCAAGAGCCGCGGCGGUACGGGCGGCUGCGCUCGGCUGCUGACCUCGCCGUUCCGGCCGUUCAUCUCGCCUCCCGGUCCGCCGCAGCAUUCAAGAGCCGCGGCGGGAGGGACGACGCUCUACCGCCCAUCUCGCUGCCCAAAAUGCCCGCUGCCCCGCGCCGAUCCCGCGGCUACUACUGCCGCGCCAGCUCGGGGCGGCGGCACUCGCCCACGGACCUCCGCCCGCCCGCCUCCAGCGACGAUAACGCCCGCGGCAGGACGGGAGCGGCGGCGCUCAUACGGCCAUCGGGCCGCGCUAUCCGCCAGCCGUCCCGUCCAGCCCCGGCAGUACGGCGGGCGGCAGAGCUCGGCCCGUCUCACCACCGCGCCGGUCAGCAGCCUGCGGCCGCCCCACUGGAAACCGCGGUGCCAAUGGCCGCGGCGGUACAGUGUGUGACGGCGGCCGGGCCGGCCGACCUGACGGCCCCGCCGGCUCUGCACGGACUGGGAUACAGCCGAACCACCUGUCGACAGCCGCCCGAUCCAGAACCAGCGGCCCGAGUAUCCGCGGCAGCAUAUGGUCGGGCGGCAGCUUCAGGUGCCGGCCGUGCAGAGGCGCCACAUGACAGCUCCCGGGGGUCGACGCCCUCCACCGGUGGCGUACCCAGCUGGCGGCAGCGUGACAGGCGGCGGGCAAGGCGCACCACCCGCGCACAUGAGCCGCCGCCGUCGCCGCCGCCACCGCCACCUGGUGGUUGAUCGACGCCCUAUACCGGUGGCGCACCAAGCUGGCGGCAGCGUGACUGGCGGCGGGCACGGCGCACCACCCGCACCCAUGAACCGCCGCCGUCGCCGCCGCCACCGCCACCUGGUGGCGCGACCCCGGGACGCCUAGCGGGAGCCGUCCAUCUCUGAGGCGGGUCGGGCCGGAGGAGACACCCUCGACAGCUGGCCAUAAAGCUGGAAACGGUCGACUAACACCUGGCAGCAUGCGAACACGCUCCAUACCACCAGUGGGGGGCACCGACUGCCGCCCGAGAAGCCCCGGACUGCGGCGGUGGCGCUGAGAUAGAGUGCGGUCGCCCAGGGAGGCGGCCGCCCACCAAGGUGUCCACCGUCCGCGAACACCGGCCUUGGGCGGUAGCGUGCGCUACCGGCUGAGUAUCGCGCGCGUGUGCUACCAGUCCAGGCGACCUCCAACCAAGGACCAGUUCAUGGCGAGGGGUCGAGGGCCAGAAGAGCGAGGCGAUACGAGCGAGCGUGGGAAGGAAGAGCUGGCAACGGAUCGGUGCUGCGAAAAAUGCGAGCAGCAGGAGAAGGGCUUGGCAGGAGGGUGGCAGGCGGAAUAAACAAUGGGGCGAUGAGCGGGAGCGUGGGCAGGGCGGCCGUGCAUGUAAGGCGUGGGGCGGGUGUCUGUGGAAUGUAUGUAGGAUGUCUGUAGUUGUAGAAUGUAUGUAGGAUGUCUGUAGUUGUAGAAUGUAUGUAGGAUGUCUGUAGAAUGUAUGUCGCAUGUGUUGUGUAGCCUGUAGGUAUAAUGAUUGUCAAGCGCGAAUGAGAUAGUGGAAAGGUUCUCACCCGGGGGAGUAAGGGGACCCUUUUUCACCGUCCGUGGGAGGGAGAAUUAUUAUGUAAGGGCAAAAUUGAGCGCGUCAGAGAGUGUGUGGAGCGGCGGGCCGGAGAACCAGAGUGUGCGUUAGGCCAGUCCGCCGUAUGUUUGCCUCCGGCGGGAAAGGCGUGCCCGCCGGGUGAAAGGCAGCGGCUGGCCGGCACCUGGGACUCGCGGGCCCGUCUCUCGAGGCAUUUGCCAGUGCGGUGUCGUCGGGGCAACAUCUUUCGGUAAGCGAACUUUUCCCUCCCCCCUAAAUUAACGCCGCAGCGCCCAGGCGCUGCGGAAGUCCCCGACAAAUGUCCUGGAUUUCAUUUGGCUUUCCGACCCGCCGCAAAUAGCGGUGGGCACUCCCGUUUUAUAUCCAGGACAGUCCCAUCUAAAUUAUAAUUAAUCGGCGCGGCGCGUGGCGUAUAUGAGUGAGCGAUUGUAAGUGUGAUGUGUAUAGUGUGCGUGAGGAAAAUGAUCCGAGAGAAUGACACUUCGUCCCGCGAGACCCAAAAUACAAUGUAAUGGGAAUGUGAGCCAAAUCUUUGAAUUGGGUAAAGGCAGAUGCCGGGCUGAUACACGGUGAACGUGAACGAACAAUCACACGGGCCGCUUAGUUUAAUACACCCGGGUGGUAGGCGGGCAUUGUAGAGUAACUUUGAUUAACGUAAUGUCUGUACAUGGGGGGAACCAUUAAAAGGUUGCCGGUUCCGAUGCUUGAAACCCCUACA